UCCUUGGUCACUAUCGACAUUGUGACAGACCUAGCAGGUGCGCAACUACCAUUUACAAUCCAACCCCGAGGCUAACAAAGCCUGGCAGUCAUGUCGAUACCAGUAAUGCUGAUCCGCAUGGCCAAUUUCACGAUGUCGCGCGCCAUUGUGAAUACCACCUUCAAGAGUCUUUCGGCGUUCGUGGUAACCAUAGCCAUAACUCGUCUUGCUUUCCUGUGCGAUGCUGAGUCCCAGAAUGCCGACUAUACGACAACAAUCUUCUGGCUCAUGGUCGAAGCCGCUGUUGCCUUGAUCGCAGCAUCAGUAUCGAGCUAUCGAGUUGUUCUUCUUGAUGUUAUAUGCAAACGCCAAGUGCAGCGAUCAGAUGCGAUAUCGAAGGACGGUUGGAAAUUAAUGGCUUGGUGGAGGCGCUGUGGGUCGCGUCAAGAUCGUACAGAUUCGACGUCCGUGAUCCUUUGCCCUAUCAAUUGAUCGACGCGCUCGAGUGCUUGCGAGGCCUCUAUGAGAUGGUGACAGUCCGAUUCGACGAUGGAAAUCGGCGAGUCAGGCUGGGGUCGCGAAUGCGUCUGUGCAUUUUUUGAGGGAAUCCAAUCCGUGCGACAGAUCUCUUGCAUCGCCGGAAUACGAAACCAGCCAUUUAGCUUUGGAGAAUUGACAUGUUGGCUAGUCUUCACGGGCACUACGGGCUUGUACAUUGAUGACGACCUCACG